CAUUCUCGGAAUAAACACAUUGAAGUCCGGUAUCAUUUAAUUUGAGAUUUAGUCCAAGAUGGUAAGAUACAUCUUGAUUUUAUUAGGACAGAAUGUAAAUGGGCCAUAUUUUAACUAAACCCUUGCCAGUUGAUCAGUUUCUACAUAUCAGUCGUGAAUUAGGGCUUUUCUCUCUUCAUGAUCUGGCUGAUCAUUAGUAGUACCUUUUCUUGCCUCAUCUGAUCUCUAAUUGAUUCUUCUUCCCUUUUCCUGAUCUGCUAAUGGAUACUAAUCCUUCUGGCAAUUUACCAUGUCUUUCCUCUUCACUCCUAUAAGUUCCUUAGGAUUCUCAUCUUUCCAGUCACUCACCCUUCCUCUUCGAAAUACUCUUUUCCAAGUAUUCACUUAAUCAUGGUGCUCAACAAUGCUCAACUCCAUCAUGCUGUUACCUUCUCCAACAAGGUAUUCCGCAAAGAUAAGGAAUACUCUAGGUAUGUGCGUCGCUUCCGCGAUCGUGCUAUCUAUCCAUCCUUCACUGUCCAACCCUAUGCCUUUUCACGGUAUGACAUGGAUAUUCCUACCUUGAUUCGCAAUCUUGGUUGGGAGUCCUUGUUCGAAGAUCAGCGUUUUACAUAUUGUCUGGAGGCUAUGAGAUUGUUCUAUGUCAAUCUCAAACGUGGGUCAGGACCAGAUCUUUAUUCUUUCAAAACUGCUGUUGGCAACUUUGAGAUCACGGUCACUGCAGAUCUGCUUGCCAGUGAACUAGGGCUGCCACAUGAUGGACUCAGGGCAGGUGAUGAUGGCCAGUUUUGUGACUAUGAUUUCGAUUAUUGUCAUGUCCUGGACGAUCUUGUUCAUGAUAUUGGUCGCUAUUUCCCCAAUCUGCACUCUGCUGGUCGUCUACCUGAUGAUCUGCGCGUUCUGCACUUCUUCAUCACUAGGAUUCUUCUUCUUAGAUCUCUCUCGAGUGCCACUCUGCUUCACACCUCCAAUCUCUGGAUCCUUCAUCAUGCCAGGUCAGGACAGCGUAUCAGUUAUGCGUUGCUAGUCUUCUGCCAUCUGGUCCAAUAUGGAGAUGACAACAAUGAUGGAUGGUUGCCCCUGGCACCUCUUAUCACUCAGCUGCUACGAAAAUUGGGCAUCGACCUUCGCGAUAAGGUCACUCUCUGCAAUGUUCAUGAUGAUCUGAAGGCUCAACAUGUCCUCGCUCAUUUGGAUGCCAGUGUUGGUCCCCGAAAGCCUGUCAUUGGCUUAGGGGGGAAAGCUGCUACCUUGAUCAAAGCUUUAGUGUCUGCUGCAGAGGUCGUGAUCGAUCGAGAACUCACUGGUUUCUCCAAUGAGCUGAAAGGGAAGCGCAAGAUACCUUUGGCUUCUCUAUCCACCCGGUUGAAACUACUCAAUGAUGGAGGGGGUGCAAGCACUUCAAGAAUCAGAGAGGAGGAUGAAGUUGUCGAAGAGCCUGAAGACAAUGCUGACAUUUCUGACUAUGACUCUCCUCCUCACUAUCCUUUCUAGAAGGAUAAUUUAGCCUACUUAGGAUCCUGUCUAGAAUCUAGGUCUAUGUUAUCUAGAGCAAAAAGCAGCCGUAGCUGCCCCCUUAUUGUCCUUCAAUUUUCUUAAUGAAUAAAGUGGCAUAUU